AUGGUAGAACCUGAUAGGGUUUUCUUUGUACGUGUUAUGCGUGAGUGGAUCUCAAGAUUUACUGGUAAAAUUAUUGAAAAUUUUGAGAUUCAUCUCUCCCAGCCGAUGGGUUUCGCAGGAGAUAUAAUGUCUCUCACUGAAUUUGCCACCUCCCGACAAGUCAAGAACUUAGUUCUUGAUUUCUCAGAUCCUAUCCAAAGAAACUUAAGUCAAGCCCAACAGAUUAUAAGAGAUGGUCUACUCAGAUGCAGAUACCCUCAAAAGAACGAAUUAGAUGUUUCUCAUCUCUUUUUCAAUCUUUUAUAUGUUAGAAAUUUAACGGUCUGCUCUUUUUUCCUUCAGGUCCUCCAAGAUUGUGACGAUCCUAUGGCUUUGCACGUUUCGAUGAAAACUCGACAUUUGGUGAUGAAAACAAAUAUGCACGCAAAUGACUUCGUGGGAAUUAGCAUAUUUCUCAAUAGUUGUCCGGAACUGGAAUCACUCACGUUUGAUUUGGUUACUAGUAGUCGUUUCGUGAGAGCUCCAUCGCCUUUAGUGAUAGAUCCUGUAAGCCAUUGGCUCACUAGCAAAUCUUACGAGUGUUUGGAAAAAACGCUUAAGGUUGUGAAGAUAACAAAAUUUCGUGGAAGCUCGAACGAGUUACAUAUGCUUCAAUACUUGCUUCGUACCGGGUGUGUUAUGGAACGAGUUGAUCUAUACGAGGCAGAGGGAUUGAACCAUAACCAAAAGAGGUGGGUACUAGCUGGGGUUGAGGAGGUUCAGCAGAAUUUCAAGAGAGCUUCGAGGCAUUUACGAAUUACUCUACACAAUGCUUGAUUCAAGCAUUUUCUAGUGAAAAAGUAAUCAAUGAAUGAUCUUUUUGAACUUUGCUUUAUUUCAUAUGAAGGAUGCGUAUGUUUUAUUUGGAUUGGUUGUUUCAGUUGUUUAAGUCUAUUAUUUUCCUAUUUGGCUUGGUAAGAUAAACAAUUGAUAAUUAAGAAAUGAAAAGCUAGUAUGGUUAUGUUUGGUUUCAGUUGGGUUUGGUUUGUUUUUAAAAAUUUAAAUCUAUGUUUGAAAAUCAAUAUUUACAAUAUGAUAUUAAUAAAAAUAAAUGUGAUAAAUUUUUAAUGUCAGUUUUUUAUUUUUCUAAUUUGAUUAAAUCUAUUUUUCUUAAUAUAAUGUUUUAUUUGAUUC